AUGAUGAAAGGUUUCAAGCAACGCUUCAGGUCCAAAUCCAAGAAGGAUAAGGACUCUGCAGCCUCACAGAACUCAAACUCCCAUUCUACACACUCCUCAUCAAGCUCUCAUAACGCCAAUUCCAACUCUAAUACGAGUUCAAAUGCAGGCUCAAAUGCAGGCUCAAGAAACAGUUCUCCUUCACCGCAACCGCAAUCACAGUCUCCAUUGCACCAGUCACAACCCCACUCUCAUUCGCAUGCACAGUCGCCAUCCUCUUCCUCGUCUACCGUCUCCCUGAAAAAGAAAGACUCAAAACAAUCCAAACAAAAACCCCUCCAAAUUCAAAACCAAAACCAAAACCAAAACCAAAACCAAAACCAACAACAACAACAACAACAACAACAACAACAACAACAACAACAACAACAACAACAACAACAGCAGCAACAACAGUCGCCUACUCCUGAUGCAACGCAGUCCCUCCAAUUGAAUCAGUCAAAUGCUCAUCCAAAUAUACCUUCCAAUAACAACGAAUUCCCACAGUCAGAGAUUGAUUUCUUGAAAUACCAUACGGCCCAUUCUCCCUUCGACAAAGUACCAAAGGAUGACCUGGAACUGAAACCUAAAACCCCGCUGAGACACUCCUCUUCGAGGUUCGAACCCUCUGCUAAUGCCCAAUCUUUUGAAAAAUCACCGCCAUUUGAAGAAGUUGAUCCACAAUUCCAUGUAGAUUUAUUCAUUCAAAAGGUUAUCCAAUGUAAAAUCUUGUUUGAUUUCUACGAUCCAUCGGCAGAUAUCCAAGGUAAGGAAUUAAAGCGUAUCACUUUGCACGAAUUGACCGUAUUCAUAUCAACAACCAGAUUGACAUUCACAGAAGAAAUGUAUAGGCAUGUGGUUGACAUGUUCAGAAUCAAUAUCUUUAGACCAAUCCCUCCGCCUGUUAAUCCAAUUGGUGAUAUAUAUGACCCCGAUGAAGACGAACCCGUAUAUGAAUUAGGUUGGUCCCAUAUGCAAUUAGUUUAUGAGUUCUUCUUAAGGUUUGUUGAAUCCCCAGAUUUCAACAAUUCCGUGGCAAAGCCUUUUAUUGACCACAAGUUUGUUCUCACCUUGUUGGAUCUCUUCGAUUCGGAGGAUAACAGAGAAAGAGAUUGCCUUAAAACAACCCUACAUCGAAUUUAUGGUAAAUUCUUAAGUUUGAGAUCUUUCAUUAGGAAAUCCAUAAACAAUAUUUUCUUGACCUUUAUCUACGAAACUGACCAUUUUAAUGGUAUAUCUGAAUUAUUGGAAAUUCUGGGUUCCAUCAUUAAUGGAUUUGCAUUACCUCUAAAGGAGGAACAUAAGAUCUUUUUGAUCAGAGUAUUGAUUCCCCUACACAAACCAAGAUCUUUAUCUCUUUACCACCCCCAAUUAGCUUAUUGUAUUUUGCAAUUUCUUGAAAAAGACCCUUCAUUGACCGAGGAAGUCAUCAUGGGAUUGUUGAGAUAUUGGCCAAAGGUGAAUUCUCCUAAAGAGUUGAUGUUUUUGAAUGAGAUUGAGGAUAUAUUUGAAAUUAUUGAUCCUCAAGAGUUCAACAAAAUUGAGAUUCCCUUAUUCGCACAGUUGUCCAAAUGUAUCUCCUCAUCACAUUACCAAGUGUCAGAGAAAGUCCUGUGCUUCUUUAAUAAUGAGUACUUCGUUUCCUUGGUUACCGAAAAUGCAGAGAAUAUCUUACCAAUCAUAUUCCCUUCAAUGUAUAAAAUUGCACAACCUGAGUUGGCGGCGGAGCUGGAUUUUUCAGAGUCAAAUAACUGGAAUAGAACAAUAUCUUCAAUUGCUUAUUCUGCAUUGAAAAUAUUUAUGGAGACUAAUCCAGUAGUUUACGAUCGUUGUUUUGUUCUAUACGAGACCCAAUUGAAGGAAGAUGAAGAACGUAAGCAUCUCAGAGAAGAACAUUGGGAAAAACUAGAAAAAUAUGUGAAAGAAUUGAAAAAUGGUAAAGUCACGGACGUGGAGAUUAAGUAG